UUUUUAGGUCAAACAAAGUAGCAGUGUGUAAACAGUGUAUGGAACGAAUUGUUCUUGUAUGAUGACACAGAAGGGACGAUAUGGUCAGAGGGGAAACAGUAAAAGAGAAAAUUUAGACAAAAACAGAAGUGAUAAAGACAGUCUAAAAGUGAAAUCGUCCAACCAGUCAACAAAAAACAGAAUGCCAUGGUGGAUGCGAUUUCUCUUCAAAACUGUGGGGUCUGGUCUUGUCGUUGUGUACGUAUGUAUCCCAGGAUUCAUUUGGCUUAACCCAUGGAUACCAUCAAAGGUCAUCUUUCUGAAUAUGAUCAGAUGGCCUCCCUUGGCUAACUUGAGUAAUCCAAGUGAAUUUGGUUUGGAAGGAGCCAGGAAUAUGCAUUUAAGACACAAGGAGGAAACAUUAGGGGUGUGGCAAGUAUUGCCAAGCAGUAUCACCACAAACAGUGACAUAAUUGAUAACAGCACAUUUGAAAACUCGUUAUCGAGUGGAAAACCUAUAUUUUUAUAUCUUCAUGGAAACACGGGAACAAGAGCUGGCUGGCACAGAGUUCAGUUGUACAAGCUACUGACUAGUCUGGACUUUCAUGUUGUUGCUGUUGACUACAGAGGCUAUGGGGACUCCUCUGGCUCUCCAACAGAAAAUGGCGUGUGUGAAGACGCCUUGUUUGUCUAUCGUUGGAUUGAGAAGAGGAAAGGGUCAUCUCCCCUAUUUCUGUGGGGACAUUCUCUGGGCACAGGGAUAACAACGAAGGUUGCGAAAAUGCUGCGAAGUACAGAUGAUGUUCCUGUGGGUGUUGUACUUGAAUCUCCAUUUAACAACAUACAAGAUGCUGCCACCAGCCAUCCGUUUGCUGCACCCUACAAAUACCUACCUGGGUUCAGCUCCAUCUCUGACACGAUCAGAGACCACGAUAUCCAUUUUGCAAGUGAUGAAAAUAUAGCUGAUGUCACCUCCCCGUUGUUGAUAUUGCACGCACAUGAUGAUCGCAUCGUUCCAAUUGAGCUGGGGGAAGAGAGUAAGUACAGUUUCAGGAAAGAUAAUCAUGACAGAAAUUUACUUCUGACCUCUAGAAUUGACAAUGUAAACCUACAAAACAACUUCAUGGCAACGAGCAACAACUAUAUGAUGCAGCCAAAAGCAGGUCGUUCUACAGAAAUUGAGAGCUUGACAUUUGUGGAGUUCAAACAUCACCAUGGUUACGGCCAUAAGCACAUCUUCAAAGCUCCAGAACUUCCAGAUAUCAUCAGGAAAUUUGUGACAGAAAGCAUUGAAGCUUAUGAAGGUUUACAAUGAAGACAAGUGUUCCUCAGAUGAUCUUAUACAUGGCUAACAAUUUACGUUGUUAUUUUAAAUAAUCUCUUAGGAUUUUCCUUUUAAAAUUAACUGUGAUUUUUAUAAGCUUUUGCGCAGUGAAUCUUUUACAGGGUAAAUACAUCAGAUUUUUCAAAAGCUAUUUUUAAUUGUUGUUUGUGAAGUCUGAAGUUGAUAUAAGCAUAAUUUAGAACGUUUUUUUAUCUUUAAAUCUGAGAUUUUAACUAAUAUAGAAAUUUUUUUGGGUGUUUGCCAUGAAUGUGUGAAUAGAAUAGUUUUAGAUUUUUGUUGUUGUUAUCUUAAUCUAGUUGAAUAAUGGCUAGAAUAAAUUGGCAAAAUGGGAUUAACUGAACUAAGUGUGGGGUCUUACUUUAGCGGAUAUAUUGGAUUAAGUCUAGACAAAGCCUUGUUUAGCUUGUUGCUGCUGUGACCAGGUGAGACCAGACUAUAAUCCAAUUAGGCUCCGUCUGUUUUGUAUGCAGGUUUAGCAAGCCCUUCUUGGUGGGAAGCAAACCUCUUUGGAAGUUGAGUAAUCCUUUAGGGAAAAGCCAAGUGUUAGUUGUGUGUUUGUGCAGGCUGAAUGCAGCAUUUAUGCAAAAGCCCAAGAUCAAACCUUACAAAUUUUAACAUUAUGAGUGAAUCAAUAAAACGUUGUCAAAACCUUGCAUACGGUGAACAAAAAUAUGUUGAUGCAUUGUAGUUACAUAUGGUUUUGUGAAAGAUUAGGUUUUCAGUUCAGCAGAAACAUUGAUUGUGAUUGUUUAUUAGAACAUAAACUGCAGAUAAGUAUUGUCACGUCCAGGAAACCCCCUGUAUGGCUGCCACAGCAUGGCUGCUGAACUGCUAAAAAGAUUGGACAAUCCUUCUGCACCAGCCAUGUCAACCCUGCUGAACUUUACACCAUCUGCUGUAUGAUCUCUCUUUAUUUUUCCUGUUUGGAGCUGGUUUUAAGAUUUAAGCAAUUAUUAUCUGGCCCAGCAUGGGUUUAUGCCUGCUGAAUUUUUUAAACAUCUGUUGCAUGAUUUCUUUUAGUUUCUUCAAAGAAUUUUUAUAAAUUUGUAUAUAUGAUGGAACAUGCUGUUGGUUUUAAUUGUGCACAUUUUAAUACUGCUGUUAAAUAUGUACGAAUUUUAAUUGGCUGUAUAUAUUUUGCUGGAUGACAUACUGAAAAUUUUAAUAUAUUUAAAUUAAUUGACACUUUUUGGAGCAUUGAUACAAAUUAUUGGAAUGCCUUGAAAACUAUGGAGUUAAAAUCAUCAGGAGAUAAUUUCUGGGUUUUCUGAUUGUAAUAUUUGAAAUGAAAUGAAUUUAAAAUGUGAUAAAACCAUUGGCUGAAUACUACAGACAAAAUGGCUGAUGGCAAUUAUGCAAGCUUGUAAUGCGAUUAUAUGAUUUGAUUAAUAUAUUCAAGUGUGAUAAGUAUACACAAUUUGAUAUGUGAAGUCAGUGGCCCUUGUACAUACAUGUGUAGCAUACCCAGCUGUGAUUACAUAUAGCCCAGGGGCCACUUUCACAAAACUUUGUAACUUUCCUUGUAAUGGUGUUUUUAUAAACCUAGAUAUCAUAGUUCGGCAAAAAAGAUACGAGAAAAUUGAUUUAUGAAGUUUUGUGAAAGUAGCUCCUGUAGCAUAAUGACUGCACUGCCUAAUCAUGCACAUUGCAUUGUGGGAUCUGAAGCAUAAAGCACUUUUAGACUUAAAUCCAUUUUUACUAUACAUCAGCAGCCUAUAGUGUAUAUAACACAUUUUGAUAUAUAAUCACUUGUCCGUUGUCUAGAUUACAUUAUUGAUGUACACUGGGGGUAAAAUGAAAUGAUUUUUCAAUCACAUACAGGUGAUAUGCAAAGAUUUUAGUUUUGCAGAAAUUGUAGUUCACAACCAUUUUGUUGCUGGACAAAUCUUUCAUUUUCUUUCUAAAACAAAUAUUGGGUGACAGUUCAUGCAAUGUGAAAUCCCACUUCUCAAGGUGAAUUUCCUUCAAAAUGAUGGGACUGACUCAUGAACACAAGUCUAUCCAAUAAGCUGCAAAUCUGGCACUAAAGUGUGAUUUUGCCUGACAUGACUGAUGCGCGGGAAUAUUGUUGUGAGCUUACAGGAAUCUGGUAUGAAUUGUCUUGAUGUGCAAGUUAUGAUCUUUUUCAAGCAAAGUUCCUAUAUAAAAAACAGUUUGUCUUUCUCUUUUUUUUACUACAAGUAUUAGCAGAUGUGCACAGCCAAUACAGUACAGAUAUGAGACAUUGUAUUUUGGUUUGUCUAAAGAAUGUACAUCACAGAUAAUCAGGUUUAGGUAAAUUAUUUCACCUCAUUUUGAGGUAAUUGUGGAUAGUGAUCAUGCAGGUAAAUUGAGUGACUGUAAAGUUACAAUUAAUGUUUACACCUACAUACAUGUAUUUUAUUUUUAAUCUUUUCCUUGCCAUUUCAUCGACGGUCAUACUCGUAAUUUGUCUUCAUUAUUUGUUGUAGUGAAUUGUUUUUGAAUAUUUUCCCCAAUGCCCUAUUGUUCGGUAGAUUAGACACUAUAAAUUUGCUUUAUUCAAGUUUGGUUUAACCUAUUUAUCCAUAGAUUAAAUCUUGGUGAAUAAACAUGAA